AUGGCUGUGCUUUCUAAAUUACAACUUUUGAAUUCAACGCUGACCUACAAGAACUGGUCUCCAGCCUUUGCCGGAAUCUUCGGAUGCAUUACAAUUGCAAAGAUUUAUUCUUCUAGUUUCAGGUAA